UAUCGAAUUUCAAACCCUCCUUUCCAAUAUUCACUUUUGCUGAAGCUUCUUCUCCUCUCUCUCCUCGCUUUCCUUCUCUUUGACAGUUUGUCUCCCUUCUUAUCUUAGCCUUGGUGCUGGUUCAUGGAUUUUGAACCCUUGUGGGCUCUUGGGGGGUGGUUAAUUUUUCCUAAUUGCAUGGCAGUGCCUAAAACAUCAUCACCAUCGAUCUCUGAAAUCCACGCAAAAUCUCACCCUUUUGUUCUCUUUAUUGCAAUUCUCUUCAUUUUCCUUCUGCUCGUUAAUCUUAUAUCCAACCCAACGAAUCCAUCCAUGGCCUCCUCGGCCCCUGUCAAAAGGCUUCUCUUGGAACCCCAGCAAGCAUCUGCUGCAUCUACUGCAAACUUGUACCCGAAGCAAGCCAGCAACAGGCAUACUUCUUCUUCCUCCUCAAGUUCCAGUACUACCAAGAGGGAGUUUGGAGCUGAAGCUCACGAAGUUCCAAGUGGUCCAAACCCCAUAUCAAACUAGAAAGUCUGAAGCAUCGACAUGAACCACAUAUGGGAAAAAGAUGGGAUAGAUCAGUAUGUAAGGGCAAAUUAAUAUUAAUUACUCUCAUCUCUAUGGUUGCUGUUGGAGUCCACAUUUAUUAAUACUACUUCUCCUCAUGAGAGGUUCGUUUUCUUUGUUGUCAUCUUCAUAAUAGUUAUAAAUUAGCAUUAGCCUUUUCUCUUCUUCUUCUUCUUCUUCUUCUUCUUUUUUUUUUUGUUUAUCUUCUUCCUUUGUUUUGGCUAUAAAUCAUGUAUAGCAAGAGAUACUCUAUAUAUUUUACUAUGUACUGUAUGUUUCCAUCUAUUUUGUUUCAUAUAAGGACGAGGAUUGUGUGA